AUGGAGUCGGUGACUAGAGAGCUAAGGGACCUACUUUUCCUGAGUUAUGCAGAUGAUACCUAUAUCUUGGGACCAGCGGCUGAAAUUCUAAAGGCUUUUGGGGCACUGCGGGAACAGUUGGAGUGGGUGGGGCUGGAGGUGCAGGCGCACAAGGGCCGGUUUUGGGAGCGCGAAGGUGGGGAUGUGGUGCGGGCAGUGCCAUUGGGGAUCCAGCAGGUGGAGGAGGGUCUCACUGUGGUGGGCGUGCCUAUUGGGGAGGAGGAUUGGGAGAUGGCUUCACAUCUCCUCGCCAUUGCAGUUUCAGCACAGCCGAUGUACCUGGCCCGGACUAUGCUGCCGCGUCCGGAGGUGGUGGAGGCCUUUAGGAAUUGGGAUAGCUGUUUGGAGGAUUGCUUUGAGCAGCUUUUCCCACCUAGCAUUUGGGAGCAGGACCCCGACCGCUCUAGGCGCGCACGCAUGCAGCUGCAUCUCCCUGUGCGACUCGGAGGGUUUGGGAUCCGGGCGACGGCCUCUUUGAGUCCGCUGUCCAAUGUGUGCGGGUGGGCGCAGGCCGCGCGGGAUAUUGCACAGUUGGGGGUGGCGGCCGAGGAGGCGAUAUUUGCAGAAUACCUCACCACUUAG